AUGGCUGCUGCUUUGACGCUGGAGGAAGAGCAGGUAGGCCACGGGUCCGGUUUUGGGUCUGUUUUGUGUUUUUAUGUGUUUUUAUUGGCUGAAAACGUCGCUUUGGCCGCCGUGCGUAAGUUGCCAAAUCCCAGCAUCCGGAUAUUUUCGCUUCGUGGCGUGUUCUGGUUGGGGUGCGGGUUGCCAGAGCGCGUCCCCGUCGACGUAAACAGCAUUGGGGGGUGUCGGGUGUUGAACGUGCGCGUGAUCGUGGUUUUAUUGCGUGAUAAGUGCCAUAGACUGUUGUUACGUGUUUGUGCAGAAGAGCGCGCUCCGUGGAAACUUUCUGACCCGAGAAUAACAGUUACUGAAACCCCACUCUCGAUCACGAGAUCCAAUCCAUCCCAAUCUCUCAACCCCGAUCGUCCCACCACCCUCUCCUACCAGCUCCCUCGCUCCACUCCCACUAAUCGAUCCGGUCCUCCCCCCGCAACUCCCCUCUGGAUUCUAUUCUUCCCAAAGAGCCUCAGCUUCUCUGUGCCGGUACUUCUGGCCUCCGUCCUGUCUGUCCCGACCCCUCCCUCCAACCAAGCCACACAGCUCCAUCGACCCCCACCUCCCCUCCAUCACCCCUCGUCCGAUCAGUGGCACGAUCUUCACAUAAAAGAUCCACUUCGGCCACCUCCUCGCAUUCAUUUGCACCCGCGCAAUGUUACACCAAUCGGCCCGCCUCCCUCUCUCCUCUUCCUCUCCUCUCUGGGCCUCAAUCCGUCAGAUUAUACGAGUUCUUCAUUCCUCUCUCAUCCGGUCUCCUCCCUCUCAUCUUCGCGAAUCGUCUCCGUCAUACUCCCCGACUCGUCACCGGCUCUCGCUAUCUCACAUCUCCCAGCCUGCUCUCACUCUGGGGGGGGCCUCAGAGAGUUCGUCCUCUUUCUCAUCCAAACCUCUCUCCCAACCCCUUCUCUCUCUCUGGUCGUCCAUCCGAUCCCCCUCGCUCGUCUCUCCUUCUCCGAUCGUUUCCUCAACAUCCUCCUCUCUGGGCCUCCUUCACGCAACAGUGCUCUCUCGGCCGUCGACCCGCUCCAUGUCCUCUCCAAGCCCUUCACACCUCCUUCCCUCAUUCGUCUCCGCAUCGCGUCUCGAGCAAAUCAAACGUCCUCCCAUCCACUGCCCUCCAUCACUCCGCCUCAGCUCACGGCCAGUCCCUCCAGAUGCCCCGCGGCCAUUUCGCCCUCUUCGCCUACGUCGGGAAUUGUUCGCCGAAAACCUACAAUCCAGGUCUAUCCAUCAAUGGUCUCAACCUCUCCAGAAGUGGGGACUCCUCCGAUAACGCCUCUGACUUCUGCCCGCAAGGGAGCGUCUCCCAGCUCGUGGAAUGUCUACCCCUCGGAAAACUUCUGCGUUCCGUUCGAGUCUGACCGCUAG